AUGGAGCCAUACUCGCCUAUCCGUGUGAGGCCUAUGGGCAGCUUGAAAAGGAUGCGAGGCGUGGGGGAGUAUGAGGGAUCGAUGCUGUUGCCACAUCGCCGGGGUAGCACGCGUCCUGUGGGGCGGCGGUGGUACGGUGCUACCGCCCUCGUGGCGCAGCGCCGGGCCAGCUCUACGCCUGUCACUCGGGCUCCAAGCCUCGGCACGUUCCGCUGCUCUGCGCUGCGGAGUCGUGAAUUAACGGUAAGUCAACAGGCCACAAAGCUGGCGGAGGAGGCGAAAAAAACGCUCUUCCAUGGGAGCUUUACGUCAAGUCACGGGACGCUUUUUCCUGUGCCACCCAUGCGACGUCAGGAGAACCUGGCGCUUCCCCCGGCGUGGAGACUCACGAGUGUCUCACCGCAGACAAAUGCGGAGGUGCCGCCGGCAAAAAAGGACAAGGCGAGCUACCGUCUCAACCUGGAUGUCGUCGCGCCAAGUGCUCUGAAGAAGGAAAAGGCAUCACCGCUGCUUCGCGACCGUCAAGUCUCAGAAGAGAGUCCCUCAUUUACUGUCGAAGUGAUUACAGCAAAAUCGCAACCACGAACCGCGGAUGUCUCCCUUGCAAACACUAGCGAUACCGUCUUAAACGCUGAGAAGACUGGGGUUGUAGGGGCAGUUUCAGAACUCACAGCGUUAAAAUACGAGAGUGGUGGUCUCUCACCGCGACAGUUGCGUUACUCUGACAGCGUUGAUAACCUUGAAAAGAACCUGGUGGCCACGCAGGAUGGGAAAGGUGUGCAAAUGCCAAAGGAAGCUAGGCUGCCCGCAAGAAAAGAGGGCGUUGUUGUUCCUCUGGCUCCAAUGCCACAACCUUCACCAGAUCCCACGACAGAUCUUGAAAACCAUGAUAAGGCGAGUAGCCAGCGUAUUUUCUUUUCCGAGCAUGUUGCUAUCAAGCAUGUUGAUACCUCCUUUGAUGCCGACGGGUAUGAAGAGAGGGAGGAAGAGGCGGAAGUAGAGGUUAGCUACAAGGAUGCGGUAAUGCAUCUUGUGGCCUUUGCUGCUCCUGCUGCCCUGGCCAUUGGCUUUGCGUUUGCCCUUUCUAUUAUCCCAUUGGCUUUUAUUGGAAGCUACUUGGGCGAGUUAUCUCUUUCCGGGGCCUCUGUUGGAUACUUCACUUUAAGCACCUUUGUGCUAUACCCAAUGAUUGGCAUGACAUUUGCCAUGGAUACAUUGUGCUCGCACGAAUACGGGCGAGAUCCAAAUAGCCAGGAGCUGGGACUUCUAUUACAACGCGGCAUACUCAUCAAUUUGGUAUUUAUUGCCCCAGAAUGUGUGAUAUUGUACAACGCGGAUUUUAUCCUUGAACAGGUCUAUGGCGAAGCCAUCACAAGUGUGGCGAAGGACUUUUUGCACUACAUGCCCUUGUUUUUGUUGCCUGUGCUAAUAUUUAGUGCCUUCAAUAAAUUUCUCAGCAACCAGAUGCGGCCCCAUAUGCCACUGAUUGCGCUAACUGCCGGAAUUAUUAUCACCCCAUUGGUGCAGAUGAAACUGACACCCAUGGGAGUCCGAUACUCGAUGGUUGGCAUGUGCAUUACGGCUUGGUUUCAACUGGCUGUCAUCAUUGUUCUGACACUAUGUGUCCCGCAGACAAGACACACGCUUGGGAGCCUACGUAUCUUGGAGGCCCUAAAUCCAGCUGAUGUAAAAGGGUAUUUGGGACUGGCUAUUCCAAGUGCUAUCUUUGUUGCCGCCGAGGCAUCCUCAUUUGAUGUAACUGUUUUGUUAUGUGCCUAUUUUGGGGAGCAAUCCGGUGCCGCAUGGUCAAGUAUUAUGAAUGUGCUUUUUAUUUUUGCCGCCUUGGCAGGUGGUCUGAGUGCCGGCGCGUGUGCCAAUAUUGGUCGUUGCGUCGGCAGCAAUGAACCAAAGAAUGCCCGGACAUAUGUUGAAGUUGCCAUAGUCGCUGUAUUGGUGGUUAGUGCUGUCAACUCUGCCGCGUUGUAUUGUUUUUUUGAUUUUUUUAUGGGCCUGUUUGGAACCAAGGGUGAAACACUUAAGCUAGCACGUGAGACCCUUUUUUUACUCCCACUCUUUCACACCGCUGAUGCGGUGCAGUUCACCUUCCAAGGUAUUUUUAGUGGGUUAGGCAAAAAUUAUUUGGGUGCCCUUAUUUUGUUGUUGUCUCUGUGGGGUGUGGGUAUUCCCAUGGUGUUUUUCCUUGGAUUGUACCUGCAGUACGGUGUCUUUGGGGUUUGCCUUGGCAUGACCAUUGGGUUGUGCAUUGAGGCACCAGCGAUGGUGAUGACCGCCUGUACGAUGAACUACCAGUCGGUAUGUGAUUCCUUUCUUCUUGCAGAAAAUAGUCUCAGCGAAGAUGAGGAGGAGGAAGAGGAAAACGAAGAAGAGGUAGUUUCAAUGAGUGAUGAUGUGCUUCGUCGCUCGGGGAUUCCUGUGUGCUUGUCAGACUUUGGCGUACGACUCGCGACAGGUGAUCGACGACUGAAGGCACCACCGCAUUGUUUUACAACGAGGUAA